GAGCAGAAUCAAUUUUUGGUCUUUUUGCGCGCUCUGCUGACGAAAACGUGUAAUGCAGUCAAUAAGAGUAACUGUACACGUCAUCACAUCACUGCGCAUGUUCACUCAGGACUAGUUGUUCGACGACAAGACAUGCAAGUUUCUUCCCUGCAGUGUUUGGAAGUGUUUUGCCAUUUGGGAUAAAAAGAUGCCUCGUCGCAAUAAAAAGUCUCAAGCUGCGAAAAGGCGCUAUGUUCCAUUGGACUUGCAUGCAGAAGGGCACCGACUGCCAAAGACCCAGAAGUCUUUUGCCAAUGUUGUGAAACCUGUUGAGAGACCACAGUCCACAGAUGAUGUUGAAAGCAGACAGCGGUUUUCAGAGGCCCCGCUGUCUGCUGAAGUUUUGCAGACCUCUGAAACGGUGGCGCUGCCGACUCAGCCUGCAUCUUUGUCCCUCUGUGACACCUCUAUCUCACCUGACAUAACUGAUUUUUCUAUCUUUCCUAUCCUUCACAACAACAAAGCAAGCAAAAGCACUUUGCAUUCUCGUUCAAACAAACACAGUGAUUCUGUCAACAAGUCUGUGCUCUCAAACAAACUCAAUCAAGGUCAUUUGACUUCAAUUACUCAACCUCUAAACAAUCCUCAAACAGCUAUGCAAGUUACUGACAACUAUGUGAAAGCUCUACAUUCUUCCUUUAUUCAGUCUGUUGACCUUGCAGAUAAUCGUGUCCUAACAGGAUCCUUUCAUCAAGGUGAUGCUCGUUUUGGCGAUGCAGCUGAAAGACAAUGUGGACCAACCAGCCUGGUUGCAGCUUUGAAAUGUAAAAUUAAGAAUGUGUUGACCUGGGAUUGUGCUGAUGUAAAUGAUGUUGUUGUACAUGGAACUUCACUGUAUAACUGUCUGAAAAAUGCCAACAAAAUUAAAGAUAUAAAUCAACGUCGUUCCUAUCUGUCUGUGACUGAAUUGCCUAAUAAUCACCAUGUGUGGAAUACAGAGUUUUCAAUAAGAUAUGGUGAAUCUUUUACUGGUGCUAUUGACCUUGACAAUGAUAAUGGUUUGUCUGACUUGAUCAUGCCACUUGAUGUAGCUUUGCAACGGACUCUACUGGACAAUGAUGCAGCUGUGGUAACCAUUCGUACUAGUACAUUCGCUGUUGUAAAGCAAGGGUCAUGGUUUGCAUUUUUCGACUCUCAUGGAAGAAAGGUAAACAAGCAAGGACGGCUGGCAAGUUCUGUUUCGUUUUUUAGUUCUAUAAACAGCCUUUACAGCUAUGUAGUUGAACUAGGACGAUCAUUCAAACUUUCACUACCAGAUGAUGACAAUGAAGUUCUCUUUGAAGUGACUGGUGUUGAUGUUAUGACGAUUCCACAUGACGACGUAGCCAAUGACAUUGAGGGUGUUGCAAACUGUUCAUAUGAAUGUAGCACAGCUAACUUCACUUCCAUUCCUAGUGAGGUUUUUAAAAAUGAAACAAAAUCUACAAGGGCAGAACAAGAAGUGAUUGAUAUACACAUUGAUGCUGACGAUGUUAUGAUUGCAAAUAUAUCUGACAGAUCUGGGUCAAUCAAAAAUGCAGGCCUAAAUGUUAAAACCCAGUAUGAGAACACAAGCAAGCGAAAGUAUGAUGCAAUGAGUGUCCCUGACAAAGUAGGCCUACCUGUAUUCGUGACAGAGGCAGAACUAGAUGUGAUUGUUUUACCAAUUGAUGAUGAUGAUGUUAUGAUUACAAAUAUAUCUAGCAUACCAGAAAAGCCACAUGAGGAUUUAGAUGUUAAACCUCAGUAUGAGAACACAAACAAACGCAAGUCUGCAGCAGUGAUGGCCCCUGAUGGAGUAUUCAUAACUAGCGUGACCAAUGAACAAAGAUCGUUUACCCCUUUAACUAGGCAAGAUCAGGACACUUUAUGUACGCUUUUGGAAUUACCUAAAACUAUGUGCAAUCCCAUACCAUCCAGAAUUGUUCAGGUCAGUGAUAUUGGGUCUCCGUGUAAAAUGAGAAAUAUUAAACCAGACGGUAAUUGCUUCUAUCGUAGCCUUGCAUUCAGCAUUUGUGGGGAUGAGGAAAGACAUUUGAAAAUCAGAAGGGCUGCUGUGAAACACCUACAACACAACAGUUUACACUUUGAAAGGUAUUUGAGAGAUCAGUACACUUCUGUUGGAGAUUAUGUGGAACAAUCUAGAAUUUUUUAUUCAGGUUCGUGGGCUACAGAAAUUGACAUCUUUGCUGCCGCCAGCUUCUUACAAUGUGAAAUAAUGACCUACAAUAAUGACAGAUGGAAUUCUCAUGAUUUUUCAAAGUCAUUGUCAAAUAGGCCUAUAGGCAUACAUGGUCGCAUCUAUUUGGUAAACCAGUCAGGAAACCAUUUUGAUGCUGUGUUGUGCGUGAAAAACAAGCGAAACAGAAUGUGUGCUGGAAUGUGUUGUCAGCGUGAGGAGCGCACUCGGCCGCAGCGAAAGCGAAAGUUGAACCAAUCAGAAAGAGAUGCAGAGAGAAAGCGGCAGCGUUAUCAAAAUGAUAACAGCUACAGAAAAACAAAACUUGCAAAAGAUCAGGAAAAGUACCACAAAGACGAAGGUAUGAAACAGAAAAAACGUCAACAUUCUCGUGACAACUUUUUAAAGAAAUAUCAGACAAACCCAGAGUUUCGUGAGCGUGUAUUUCUCAGCUGUCAAAAGAGAAACAAAACCAUUCAGACUUCAAAAGCAGCAUAUUUUCAAAGAAAAUACAAAAAUGACACAACAUUUAGAAAUGUUAGACGUCAGUACUCAAAAGUUACAUAUCACACGAACCAAACAUUUCAAAAUGCUGUGAGAAAUUAUAGUCAUGUUAAGUAUCAGACCAAUAAAAAGUUUAACACUGCUGUGCGAAAUUAUAGCCACGUUAAGUAUCAGACCAAUAAAAAGUUUAACACUGCUGUUCGUGAUUACAGUAGGCACAAAUACAACGCAAACCUAAUUUUCCAAAAGAAAAUUAAACAAUACAACAAAACAAAGUACCAGGAAAAUGAAAAAAUACGCUUAUCUAAAAUCAACACACGUAUCAAUAAAUACAAAAAUUCAAAGCAAAAACAAAGAGACAUUGAUUGUGCAAUUGAUUCUUUUCGAAAGAAUGUAAGCCGUGGACCGGAGCAUGUUUGCUCUUGUUGUCACAGAUUGCUUUUUAGAAGGCAAGUCAUUGAAUGUAAACCCCAAAACUAUGCAAACAAACGACCUGAAGUUGCUAAGAUGGCUAAAAGAUGCAUAACAACACAAUAUUUGCAUGUUUGUGACUGUGACUGUCAGACUGAAUGUUACUUGGCUGAAAGCCCUGCUACAAAAUUGUGGAUCUGUCACACUUGUCAUCAGAAGAUACUUUCAGGCACACUUCCACAAGAAAGCGUUACCAACAACUUGGAAUUACAUGAAAUUCCUCCAGAGUUGAAAUGUUUGAAUUCUUUAGAACAGCAUCUAAUAGCCAAAAACAUAUGCUUUAUGAAGUUGCUGUGUUUACCAAGAGGGCGUCAACGAGGUUGUCAUGGACCCUGUGUUUGUGUUCCUAUAAAUUCUCAAACCGUGACAAACGUUCUACCAAGAGAUGAAAGUGAUGACAAGAUGAUCAGAAUAAAAUUAAAAAGAAAAAUAAGCUACAAAAAUUUUUAUGAAUUCCAAUUUGUACACACAGAAAGAGUCAGAAAUGCGUUGAGAUAUUUAAUAAAGAACAACUUUUGGUAUGAUGAUGUCAUUUUGAAUGAUCAGUGGUUGAACUCGUUGGAUGGUGCUGACCACGAAAACGAUGAAACAGAUGAUAAAGACAAUGUCGAAAACAGUGAUGAUGAGGAGCAUGACAAUGAGGAAAAAGAGGAAGAAUUGACCUACAUUAAAGAUCAGUCGGGACUAGUUUCAGACACAUCAUUACAACCGAUUGACAUUGGAUCUGAAAUAGUUGAUCAGCAUUUUCAAGACAUACUAAGUAUGGCACCUGCUGAAGGCAACAGUCCAGUUAGUUUACUAUCUGAUAAAACCAAUGAAAGCAAGUGUUUUCCUGUCUUGUAUCCUCUAGGCGGGCCUACGUUUCAUUCUGAAAGAGAAUCGAAAAUAACUCUUUCAAGGUACUUGAAUACACGUUUACUGAAUGCUGAUGGACGGUUUGCACGGAACACUGAUUUUCUUUUUUACGCUCAAUACAUUUCAGAAGUAAAUCAAGUGCAAAAUAGCAUUUCAAUUGCAUUACGCAAAGGCUCGCAGAAAGACGUGUCACCAGAGACCUUGCUGAACUCUGACUCACUCAAAACAUUGUUGCAUAACAAUGAGGGUUACAAAUUUUUGCGUGGCAUUCGUGGAACACCCCCAUAUUGGAUGUCUGUGCAGAAAGAUUUAUUUGCGAUGAUAAGACAGCUGUCUAUACCAACAUUUUUUGCGUCAUUUCCGUUCUGCAGAUUUAAGAUGGCCGGAUUUUCUGUCAAGUCUGCAAAGGGCAGAGGGAAAGGAAGCAAAUGUUGCAGAUCUUGAUUGGUCAGACAAAACCAAGUUGGUCCGUUCAAACCCUGUUACAACAGCACGCCUCUUUGACGAACGUUGGCACUCUUUUUUGAAAGAUGUAAUCCUGUCACCAGCUGAACCAAUAGGAAAAAUAAUCGAUCAUUUCUAUCGUGUCGAAUUUCAACAGCGCGGGAGUCCUCAUAUACACGCUUUAUUCUGGGUGGCAAACGCACCGAAAAUUGACACACACAGUGACGCUGAAGUGACAGCUUUCAUUGACAAAUAUAUCACAUGUCAACUUCCAACAGACAAAGACUCUGAGCUUUAUGAAACCGUUAACAGUGUACAGAAACACAGCACCAGGCAUUCCAAGACGUGUCGCAAAAAGAACACUGUGUGUAGGUUUCACUUUCCACGGCCCCCGUCACAAAAAACAUUCAUUACAAGAAGUGUAAGUUCAGAGGAUGCUGAUGAAACUAAACGUGCUAGUGAUAUCAUCAACACAGUCAGAGCUGCAUUAACUUCACCAGAUUUUGAUUUCAAGUCAACAGCUGCAUUUUUUCAAUCUCUGGGAAUUGAGCAAAGUGUAUUUGAAUGGGCAUACAAUAUGUGGACCACAAAGAAAAGCAUUGUAAUGAAACGAAAUCCUUCAGACAUUUGGGUGAACCAAUACAAUAAACACUUACUUCGAGCUUGGCAAGGCAACAUGGAUAUUCAGUUUGUCACAGAUGCACAUUCUGCUGCUGUAUACAUACUAUCAUAUGUCACAAAAGGAGAAAUGGAACCAGGUUUGCUCUUACAACGUACUCAAAUGGAAGCGUUAAAUGGCAAUGUGGAUGCAAAAGCAGCAUUUCGGCAGCUUGGAAGUGUUUAUCUCCACAACAGAGAAGUGUCAGCUCAAGAGGCAGUGUAUCGCUUAACACAAAUGCACUUGAAAGAAUGCUCUCGUGAUGUACAAUUCAUUCCUGUUGGUGAAAAUCCUAUGAGGAUGAGUUUACCCUUGCAUAUGCUACAAGCCCAAGCUCAGCAGAUGACUGAAAAUAAUGAAAACAUUUGGAUGACCAAUAUUGUUGAACGUUAUACCAACAGGCCUCAGUCAGAGGAAAUGAAAACUUUAUGCCUGGCAACUUUUUGUAGUGAAUACAGAGUGCUUUCAAAAUCUGAGGUUUUCAAAAACAAAGCAUCACAGACAAUAAUUGAGUUAAACAACAACUUUGGAUUUCUGAAAAAACGAACCCAGUCACAACCUGCUGUUGUAAGAUAUCCACGGUUUUCUCCAACAAAAGAUCCAGAAAAAUAUUAUCAUUCAUUGUUACAAUUGUUUUUGCCACACUAUGAAACCCUUCACCUCAAGCCACCUCCUUUCGAAACAUAUGAACAUUUUUACAACAAUGGUGCAGUUAAAUGUGGUAGUGAUGUUCAAAUUGUCAAGUCAAUUGUGGAUGACAACAAAGCUCUGUUUGAAAAAGACAGCGAUGAGCUUGAUA